GAGAAGCAGAUCAACGACGAUGGCUGCGCCCUCUCCGGCUACAACAGCCAGUUCUCGCAGGGCCUGUCCAGUGAGGUCGCUGCCUCCACCAACUACCUCGGUAAGCUGCAGACGCAGACGCCGCCCGACCUGCAGAAAGUGGUCUUCAACUCCAACUCCUUCGUCAACACCAUCACGGUGACGGAGGCCGGGACGCUGGCCGUCUGCUAUUGCGCGGUGACGGUGGACAGCAUUUGCCUGGACAGCUCGAACUGGAAGCUGGUGACGCACCUCACGGUCAAGGGGCCGCAGAUCAACCAGCGCUGGACCUUCUCCACAAACGUGGUCUUCCGCUUCAGCUACGAGGGCUUCGGCCUCACGUCAGGCGACACCAUCCGCAUUAUCAGCUCCGAUGGGCGGUGCUCGGAUGACAACUUCAAUCCAAACACUGCAGCCUUCGCCUACACGGCCCUCAAAGUGAAGUGCCCUGUUCCCUGCACCGACGUGACCCUCACGGGCGGCACUGAACCGGGUGACCUCACCACCAAGGUCCUCUCUGCUGACUCGUACAAUUGCGACGUGAGCAAUACGAACUGUGAGACGAAUGACAUCACCACCAUUACUGUCCUGAGUGAGACCGAGACAGAGCUGGUCUUCCAGAAGCCGCAUGGUAUGAUGACUGGAGACGAGAUCACCAUGGGUGCCAACAUCUUCUGUGCCCCAGGGGAUCCCGUGUGCACAGACGAGAUGCUCACGGCCCUAAAGGGGUCAUUUGCCUUCGCCGACGCCUCGGGAAACAGCGGCACCGCCCCGGACACCUACAUCGCCGCGCAGAAGUUCAUUGCCACAGAAAAUCCACUGAUCGGCCGGGUUCGCAUCGGUUGGCCCGCCACUGGCCGGCCGCAGUUCACCGUCAUCUAUGCCGGGGCCAGGCCCGAGAUCGGCUACAUCGGCAGGGGCGGCCUCUGGACGCACCAUAGCCGGGCUCAGACGCGCGAGGAAGUCAUGGCCACUGCAGAGAGAGCCAACCUCCGCGUGUGCUGGCGCUUUGGCGGCAACGGCGCGAAGUAUGUGGAGGAGAUUGGAAAGAUGACCAUCCGGAACCCUGCCACGAUGCUGGGAGCCACGAUCAGCAUGAGCAGCCCGGCUCGGCAGACGGCGGUGCCCAUGAUCCUCACCUUCACCACUGCCGGGGGCGUGACCGGCAUGCGUUACGAGGAAGCACAGGACAGCCUUCGCCUCAAGAUCGUCUUUCUGAGAACGGACCUGUUGGAUAUCCGCUACGCCGACCUUGCGGGCAGCGAGAUUCCUUUCACGGUUGCAACCGAAGACGACUUCCAUGAGGCUUCCCAGUCAAUCUGUGGCAAGCUCUUCCUCGAACUGUG